AUGCACACCAUCCCAGCACUCGUCAGCCAGGGGAUUUUCGAUAAGGACACAACGCUUUGGUGCUCGUGGGCUAUCAAAUCUGGCGGGAAGUCCGUCUGGUUUGGCGGGGAUACUGGCUACCGCGCCGUGCCAUAUCUACCCAAAGACAUCGAUGACUAUGGUCCCGAAUACGAGCACCUGCCGCGGUGUCCCCAGUUUAAACAAAUCGGUGAGCACCGCGGGCCAUUCGACUUGGGAUUGAUUCCAAUCGGCGCAUACUGCCCCCGCGCAGCCUUCUCACCGAUGCAUGUCAACCCUUUUGAUGCAGUCGAAAUCUUUUCGGAAACAAAGUGCGCCCGUGCUAUGGGUAUCCACUGGGGCACUUGGGUACUCACAUCCGAGGAAGUUCGAGAUCCUCCAAAGCUUUUAAAGGAGGCUCUUCAAAGGAAGGGCCUGCCUGAAACGGGCAUCUUUGAUAUUUGUGAUAUCGGGGAAAGUCGGGAGUUCUAA